GCGGCGACGCGAGGCCCGGCGGCGGCGGGUGGCGGUGCCAGCAGCUCGCGGCGUUGGCGGCCGACCCGGGUCGCGCGGCGGCGGGAGGAGCCCCGGGCCGAGGCCGCCCCGGGAGUGCUGUCAGGCGGCACCAACAUGGCUGCGGGCCUGCGAGCUGCGGGCGCCUGGCUCCGCGAGCGGCUGAUGCAUGGCGGCUCAAGGGCCCACCAGUCAUGGAGGUGCCAGUCGAUUGGAGCCGCGGCGGCGGCUGCCACAGAAACAGCCCAACGUGCCAGAAGCCUGAAACCUCAAGUUCAACCGGGGAAGAGGAAGCCGAAAACGGGAAUAUUAAUGCUAAACAUGGGAGGCCCUGAAACCGUGGGAGAUGUCCACGACUUCCUUCUGAGGCUCUUCUUGGACCGAGACCUCAUGACACUUCCUAUUCAGGACAAGCUGGCACCAAUCAUCGCCAAACGCCGAACCCCCAAAAUUCAGGAGCAGUACCGCAGGAUUGGAGGCGGGUCUCCCAUCAAGAUGUGGACCUCCAAGCAAGGAGAAGGCAUGGUGAAGCUGCUGGAUGAGUUGUCCCCACACACAGCCCCUCACAAAUACUAUAUCGGAUUCCGGUACGUCCAUCCUUUAACAGAAGAAGCAAUUGAAGAGAUGGAGAGAGAUGGGAUCGAAAGGGCCAUCGCCUUCACGCAGUAUCCGCAGUACAGCUGCUCCACCACAGGGAGCAGCUUGAAUGCCAUUUACAGAUACUAUAACAAGGUGGGAAAGAAGCCUGCGAUGAAGUGGAGCACCAUUGACAGGUGGCCCACACACCCCCUCCUCAUUCAGUGCUUUGCAGACCACAUAGUGAAAGAGCUGGACCACUUUCCACUUGAGAAGAGAAGUGAGGUGGUCAUUCUGUUUUCUGCUCACUCGCUGCCGAUGUCUGUGGUCAACAGAGGGGACCCCUAUCCUCAGGAGGUGGGCGCCACUGUGCAGAGAGUCAUGGAUAAGCUGGGUUACUCGAACCCUUACCGGCUGGUUUGGCAGUCUAAGGUUGGUCCGAUGCCCUGGCUGGGGCCUCAGACAGACGAGACUAUCAAAGGGCUUUGUGAGAGAGGGAGGAAGAACAUCCUUUUGGUUCCAAUAGCAUUUACCAGCGAUCACAUUGAAACCCUGUAUGAACUGGACAUCGAGUACUCUCAAGUUCUAGCUAACGAGUGUGGAGUUGAAAACAUCAGAAGAGCAGAGUCUCUUAAUGGAAAUCCAUUGUUCUCCAAGGCCCUGGCCGAUCUGGUGCUCUCACACAUCCAGUCAAACGAGCUGUGCUCCAAGCAGUUGACUCUGAGCUGUCCGCUCUGUGUAAAUCCUGUCUGCAGGGAGACUAAAUCCUUCUUCACCAGCCAGCAGCUGUGACCCCCGCCGGAGGACCCCGCGGGAUUAGGCAAAUGCCCAACCCCCAGAUGCCCCUGUUGUGGAGGAGCUGUAUUUAGGGGCCAAGGAAGACAGUUACAUCGGGAUCUGCACAGCCUUUGGGCACAAAUUGUGUGAUUUCUUGAGGAACAGACUCUGAAAUCCUUACUAGGGUUUUCUGUUUUUCUAUACCAAUGCAGUAAGCAUUUGUAUGCCCCCUCUGUGUGUAAAGGUACCAGUUGGGAAUGUCCACUGGGUUAUUUAAAAAAGGAGUUUUAAAAAUUUCUCUUAAUAGAUGCACCCAUAUUAUAAAUAGAGAUUUUGGUUUUAUUGCCCAAAAAACCUGCCAGGGUAUAGAGAGUCCCCUCUAUGGGCUGUCAGUGUGAAUGUGAUCUGUUUACAAUCUUGUGCAUAGGGCUGUCCUUGUUUUUGAAGGGAACAUAGUUAAGUAAAGGAAAUAUAAUUUGAAAGGGAACUGUUACCCGACCUUUCCCUUGGCCCACGGGUUCCAGAAUGCCAGUGAGGUGGUGUGGUUGCCUGUAGUGGCUGCUUUUGCCAGUGAUGUCACCGUUAGUUGGCCAUUUGGGUACUCACAUGUGAGCCUCACUUUCUUCACCCUAAAACCAAUCAGGUGCAGACUCCAAAAGUGGUCUGAGAGUCCCCAGGCACACAAGGCUCAUAAACAUGUAGAAACCCAGCAUUUGCCAUCCAUGCCUUGGUGAGGAUCUUGGGGCCCACUGCUUCCUGUCUGCAAGGCCAGUGAUCCCAUGUGCUGACAUUGGGCUUCAUCUUUAAAGCUCAUCCCAGGACCCGAGUGAACCUUGCCAUGGAGCAUCUUCUUUAAUUUGGUUGAAUGUCUUCUUUCUGCCUAUUUGUGUGAAGCCUUAUUUUUAUAAAGUCAGCUAUGUUUUGUAAUCUUGAAUUCUUUCUUAUAGUUUUUAUCAUAAAAUUAUAUAACCCUCCUAUUGAAGUCUGAAAAAUAGAGAAAAGAGAAAUAACCACCAAUGCAACAGCUACUAAUCAUAUUAUUGUAUCUCAUGGCAGUCUUUUCCUGUGGAUAUUUUUAAUGCCAUUGUAACCUUGAAUUUGUGAGUGAAGUGUUGCUCUAAAAAUGUAGAAAUAAUGUGAGAUCAGAAUCUGAUCUCCUAUACUUGGAUUUAAAUGGAUUAAAAAAAUCUCUGAUGGAUCCGUAAUGAAUUUGUAAUGAUUACCUUCUCUUUCCUCUAGGCUCUAAAACUUUGUUCUUCAAAAGAGCGUGUCUUUGAUGUUCGUAAAGCCAGUUCAUAAAGUGGAAGUAUUAGAGGAGUCAUAGAUCUCCUAUAUUUGGGAUUUACUAUAUUAAUAAAUAUUAUCACAUCGUUAAGAUUUUAA